UGACGUUUAUCGCCCUCAAAGCAAUGUUUUUUACAAAACGUGACAAACGAAGUAUUUUGAAAACAAGAGCUUUGAUCCAGAAAAAAAAGUGAAGAUGUUGCGUGCAAUUUUACCAAUUGCAAGAAAUUCAUCAUGUUUCUUUGUGCGCACGUAUCGAACCAAUAAUAAGCGACCAAAGGAUCAGGCUGGUGUGCGAAUACAACGUAAAAUAUUCAAGAAUACUGAGGUAGAAAUGGAUCCAGAAGUUGACCCAGAUCUUACAUACGAAGCUGAUUUUACUCAACUCAAUCGAACGCACAAAGAACAUGAAGCGGAAAUGGAAGUUCAAAAGGAACAGACCAAAUAUUACACCAUCAAAAGUAAAUAUUUCAAAUCAGAAAAGCAACCGAAUUUUUUAACGUGGGCAGAAAAAGAGCAAAUACGACAGUUGAAUCAAACCGCACCAGAAGAAUGGACACCGGAACGACUAUCGGAAAGUUUUCCAGCAGUGGAAGAUGUUAUCAUCAAAGUACUGAAAGCGAAAUGGAAACCACUCAACUUGAAACGUAUUCAAAUGCACGACGAAAGCGUUAAACGAAAUUGGGAAUUAUUAAAAACAAAUCAAAUGAAAGAUCUGGAUCCGGAUAUAAAAAAUCAUUUGAAAAAGUUUAGUAAUCGUAAUUUUGAUAGUAUACAGAAUGCGCAAACCCAGAAGUAUAUCGAAUUUGAAUUUCCAAAGCCAAAAACCACGGAAUAUUUGCAAAUCAUUUCAACGUGUCAAAGACGCCAAACAAAGGAUGGAAAUGAUGCUGUUACUGGUGGUGAUAAAACAAAUCCAAAACUUGAGCAGAAUCAAACACAUGCAACACGGGAUUUGUCAUUGGUUUCCAAACCUCAGUUGAAAAUACCAAAAAAUAUACGAAAAGAAGACAUGACCUACGAUAAGUUGAUGGAAUCGACUAAUGUACAUUUAAAUAAGCCACAACAUGAAGAGCUCGAUGAAGACCCAUAUUUGAGUGUAUCUCUACUGAAAGAUCCAAAUAUUGACCCACAUAAUGAUGUACCAUCAAUAAAGGAGGACCCCAAACAUACUUACUCGGAUGAGUUUAAUCAUGAAUCAAAGGAUGACAACGUUGUCGACUUAACACUAAAUGAUAUGAGCUCAAGCAAAAAAAUAGUCAAGUAUGAAACGAAAACGAAAUCACUCGCAAGUAUCGGUAGGGGAAUAAAAAUUGAACCUUUACAACACACCAUUCAUAUUCCUCAAAAUUUGCGGAAACGAGGCUCCAUUUACAAACUACACGAUUGCUUCUACGAUGAUCGUGGUGCAUUUAUGUACAGAGUGCCCGGUUUGAAAUAAUCGCAUUGAACUUACCGUGACAUAAUAUGGAUAAUAUUCAGUUUAAAUGUAAUUUAGGAAUAUCGAACUACAAAAAAUCUGGAAAAUAAAACAACCACCGCAAAAACAUUAAA